AUGUUCAAGCUUGCUCGCGGUCGUCCCGUUGCCGCGGCCUUCAAGGCUGCGACGCAACCUUCCGUGCAGAGCCGCCUCGCUGUGCAGAAGCGUAACCUGUCCAUUCACGAAUAUCUUUCCGCCAGACUCCUCAAGUCGUACGGCGUCGGUGUCCCCAAGGGUGAGGUCGCCAACACUGCUGAAGAGGCCGAGGCCAUUGCCAAGUCCAUUGGUGGUGAUGAUCUGGUUAUCAAGGCCCAGGUUCUCGCCGGUGGCCGUGGUAAGGGAUCCUUCGACAACGGUCUGAAGGGUGGUGUCCGCGUCAUCUACUCUCCCACCGAGGCCAAGAUGUUCGCUGGCCAGAUGAUCGGUCACAAGCUCGUCACCAAGCAGACCGGCGCCGGUGGUCGUAUCUGUAACUCCGUCUACAUUUGCGAGCGCAAGUUCGCCCGCCGCGAAUUCUACCUCGCCGUCCUCCUGGACCGCACUACCCGUGGCCCCGUCAUCGUUGCCUCCUCCCAGGGUGGUAUGGAUAUCGAGGCUGUUGCCAAGGAGAACCCCGAGGCCAUCAUCACCACCCCCAUUGAUAUCCACACCGGUGUCACUGACGAGAUCGCCCGCACCAUCGCUACCGACCUCGGCUUCUCCCCCCAGUGCAUCGAGGAGGCCAAGUCCACCAUCCAGAACCUCUACCAGUGCUUCAUGGAGCGCGAUGCCACCCAGCUCGAGAUCAACCCUCUCUCCGAGACCUCCGACCACCAGGUUCUGGCUAUGGACGCCAAGCUUGGCUUCGACGACAACGCCGAGUUCCGUCAGAAGGAGGCUUUCUCGUGGCGCGACGUUUCCCAGGAGGAUGCUGAUGAGGUCAAGGCCGCUGAGCACGGUCUCAACUUCAUCAAGCUCGAUGGUGACAUUGGCUGCCUCGUCAACGGUGCCGGUCUCGCCAUGGCCACCAUGGACAUCAUCAAGCUGAACGGCGGCUCCCCCGCCAACUUCCUCGACGUCGGCGGUGGUGCCACCCCCCAGGCCAUCAAGAGCGCCUUCGAGCUGAUCACCAGCGACCCCAAGGUCUCCGCCGUCUUCGUCAACAUCUUCGGUGGUAUCGUCCGCUGCGACGCCAUCGCUCAGGGUCUCAUCAACGUUGUCCAAGAGAUGAACCUCCGCACCCCCAUCAUCGCCCGUCUGCAGGGUACCAACAUGGAGCAGGCCCACAAGCUCAUCAACGAGUCUGGCCUGAAGAUCUUCUCCAUUGAGGACCUCCAGACCGCCGCCGAGAAGUCCGUCCAGUUCUCCAAGGUCGUCAAGAUGGCCCGCGACAUCGACGUUGGUGUUGAGUUCACCCUGGGUAUCUAA